AUGCCACCGGGGUUUACCGCCUCUGUUGGUCGGCUGAACACGUAUUGCCUGCCCGACAAGGUGACAGGGUCGGCAUCUGACCGGUUGAUGGCAGAGGCCAUGGUUCAGUCAUGGCGCCGGGAUGGUAUCUUACAGAUCGCCAUGUCACCGCAGCAGCAGAGCAUAUACCAGAAUGCAAAUGCGGCCAGCCGGCGCUUCUUCCAGCGGAGAAGCGCACAGAAGCAGCAGUGUGUUAACGAGAAGAGCUACGCUGGCUAUGUUGCCUCGGGUGAGGAGAUUACGGACGGCGUCGCCGACUAUUCGGAAAUAUUUACAGUGACCAAGGAUCUGGCAGAGGAUGACCACAGAGUGGCUGGAAAGUGGCCAUGCCAUGGCCCGUGCCCGUGGCCGAACGAGGACAUGAAGUUGAACAUGACGGCAUAUACAGACGAUCUCUCACGGAGUGGCGAUCAGCUGCUGGAGAUGAUUGAACUGGGUCUCCGCGUUCCACGGGGGUCUCUCAAGCGGUACACCGAGGAUGGAUGGCAUCACAUGCGAGUACUGCGCUUUCCACAGAGAGAUCAAACCAACGGCAAGGGAAAGAAGGGGCGCGGCAUUGGUUCCCACACAGACUAUGGCCUGUUGGUCAUGGCCGCGCAAGAUGAAGUUGGUGGUUUGUUUGUAAGGCCGCCACAUCAGAGCGAACAUUACGCCAACUGGGAAAAGAGCGCGGCUGGCAUGCGGGAAGACGAUUCUGGUUGGGUUUACGUGCCACCCACCCCCGGAGUAUUCACUGUGUUUCCUGGGGACAUGAUGCAGUACAUGACAAACAGCUACCUCAAGUCGACGCCGCACAAGGUCGGCCUCAACACCAGGGAGCGGUUUGCUUUUGCCUACUUCCACGAGCCCAACUUUGCGUCUGUCCUCAAGCCCCUGCCCGGGUAUGAGAGCGGUGCCGCGUCGGACGCGGAAGGCAUCCACUAUGGGACGCACUUUACCAACAUGUGCCUGCGCAACUACCCUGAUCGCGUGACGACCAAGAAGCUGCUGCAGGAAGGGCGGUGCAAGAUGCUUACGCUGCCGCAGCUACGGCGUGUAGCGGCGCCGACGCGGUCGCCCGGCGCGAGCGGCGGUGGCUGCGCCGAAGAUGAGGCGGUGCUUCGGCACGGUGGCUACCCGGCACCGAGGAUGGAGUUGUCGAACGCGUGA